UCUAUACGACAUUCCAACGACGACGACAACGACAGCGACGACGAUGAUCCAGACAAUGACCCAAGCGACGUAACUCUCACCAUCGAACUCCCUCCAUCGUCUACAUCGACGGACUUACCGCCAUCGAUACCCACGACCGCGAGGAUGAAUGGGAUAGCAUUCAAACCAUGGCCUCAAUUCCAAUCAUCUCCCCCAUCAUCGACGCUCCUAACGACCACCACCGACGAUGCCUCCCAAACCUCACCCACCUCAACCUCAACCCCCCUCUCCGCCAUCGAAACCGGCCCGUCAAAACACCUUCCAUCAAUAGGUCCCGACUCCAGCCCCAACCCCAACCCCCAUACCAAACCCGACACCAUUCCUACCCGCAUCCUCGUCAGCGGCAUCAUGGGCCCCCUCGUCCUCCUCUUCCUCAUCGCCCUCGGUAUCUACCUCUGCAUCGUCCGUCGCCGCCAAAAACGCCGCCACGAACUCGAAGCCGCCGACCCCCCGAUGCACCUCCAACCCAACGCCACCUCCCUUACCCGCUCCGACGGAACUGCCGCGCCCUCCAACCCACCACCCUCCUCCCCCGUCCCCACAUCCCCUCCCCCCGUCCUCCUCACCCGCGACAUCACCGCCGCCUACUACACCGGCAUCGACACCUCCGACCACCCGCGCACCCCACCCCCACCUAUCUCCCCGCUCGAAAACCCUUUCGAGCCCAUCUCCCCGCUCGAUGACGACGAGCCGCCCCCGCCAUAUCGGCCGCGGAGCGAGAACGGGAGCGGCGCCGAUGGGUUGGGGAACCCGUUUGAGGAUCCGGAGGAGUUGGGGGAGGGGGGGAAUGGGAUGCAUGUGGUGGCAAACGGG